GAGCGCAGCGCAGCGCGGCGAGCAUGGUGGCGUGGCCCUGACCGCUUCUCCCCGGUGGGGACGGCCGCGGGGCGGCGGCGGCCCGUGCCCCGGCGGGCUGGGGCGCGGGAUGACCGGGGUGCUGGAGAGCCUGGUGCCGGACAUGCACGCCAGCCAGAUCUCCGCCGGCAGCUACCACCAACACGGCGGCCUGCACAAGCCGCAGGAGUCCCCCACGCUGCCCGUCUCCACGGCCACCGACAGCAGCUACUACACCAACCAGCAGCACGGGGCGGCGGGCGGCCCGCCCUACGGCCCGGUCGGCUCCUACCCCUACGCGGGCGGCGGCACCGCCCCCUACUCCGCCAAGGCCGGCUACGACCUGGGCUACGCGGGCGCCUACGGCUCCUACGGGCCCUACGGCAGCAGGGCCUCUCCGGCCAACAACGACUCCGCAGAGAAGGAAGACUGCGAGCCGGAGAUCAGGAUCGUGAACGGGAAGCCGAAGAAAGUGCGGAAGCCCCGGACCAUCUACUCCAGCUUCCAGCUGGCAGCUCUGCAGCGGCGCUUCCAGAAAACCCAGUACCUCGCCCUGCCCGAGAGAGCGGAGCUGGCGGCCUCCCUCGGCCUCACCCAGACACAGGUGAAGAUCUGGUUUCAGAACCGUCGCUCCAAGUUCAAGAAGAUGUGGAAGAGCGGCGAGAUCCCGGCGGAGCCGCCCCCCCGCCGCAGCGCCUCGCCGCCGCCCCCCUCCUCGCCCCCCGCCUGGGACUUUGCUCCGCACCCGCGCACGGCGGGCGGCGCCGGCACCGCCAGCCCCAGCCCCGCCGCCGCCUUCCUCGGUAGCUACUCAUGGUACCCGCCGGCGCCCGGCGGCUCGGCGCACCUGCCGGCGGCCGCCCCCCUCCCGCAGCCGGCGCAGCCCCCGCCCCACCACGGCGGCGGCGGCGGCAUCUUCUAGAUGCCGCAGAGACUUGAGCCCGCGGGGCCGCGCCCGGCGGCCGCGGGGCACCGAGGUGCAGCACUGGUGUUUUGGUGAAGCCUGGCUCCGGCCGUCCCGGCGGAGAGGAACCGCUCCGCGCCCCGUCCCGUCACGUCGCGGCGCCGGCGGCGGACCCCCUGUGCGAUCGGCCCCACCGGGCCUGCCCUCCCGCCGCCAAAAUAACCGCGCAGUGGAGCAAGCACCUGCUUCCACUCCCUCCGUCCCCCUUCCUCCUCCCCGGCUUUUUCAUCAAACCACCGGUGCAGAGCUUUGGUUAACUUUAUUUUUUAUUUUUUUAAAGUUGAUAGGUGCCUUUGCGGAUGACCUCACUUUGAUGCUGGGGAUUAAAAAAAUAAAAUGUUAAAAAAAAAGAUAAUUUUUAUAUGUAGGUUUAAAACAAGAGCCUCCCGUGUCUAAGUUACCCUUUUUAGCCGUGAACGAAACCGUCCGGCGAGGGGGGGCCGGUCGCAGGCAGUGGUACCGGCGCGGCUCUGCUCCCCGCGGCGGGAGGGCUCCCGCCCGCGCGGUGCCUCCGGGCGGGUUUCGUGACCCGACGGGGCCUUCCCGGGGCGGGCGCCGAGCCCUCCCCUCCUCCCCCCCCCCCGCCGGCAACCCAGCCACUGGUCCUGCCCCUGCGCCGUUUGAUGUCUAGAGUCGUGGAAAAAAAAGGGUAUUUUGGGUUAUUUAUUAUGGAAAACUUAAACACUCUUUAAUGUUUCUUUUACAAUAAGCAGAGAUUAUUUAAAUAAAUUAUUGUUUCCAUGGU